AACCCAUCCCAACAAAAACAACUUGACCCAUCAAAUAAACCCGACUUGUCCCGAACCGAUACCAACUAGCCCCUCCCUCGUCCCCUGUUUUCUCCCCGACCAAAAUGGCAACCCCAAGGCCAAGAAUUGGCAACCUCGCCAUCCGCCGUCAAUCCAUGCGCGCUUAUAAUGAGCCCUUCACUCCCAACGUUGAAGAAAUAGAUGAAAAUGAAGCCCACAUUCUACGUCUUCAACUUCCCGAUUUCGAACAUGUUAAUGUCAACGUUGAAAGAGAGGCAAGAACGGUGGUGGUGACCGGAGAUCGUCAUGUGUCAAAUACCCGAUUGCUCAUUUUGAAUAAAACUUUUCCAAUUCCACAAAACUGCAAAAGCGAUGGAGUUGAACAUAAAUUACAAGAUGGAGUUCUCACCAUUACAAUCCUCAAACAAAUUACCGAACCGGUGACCGCACCGCCGUUGCAAGCAGCGGAGUCAACAGCGCCGCCGGAGACGAAGGCUGAAAAUAAGGAACCAGAUACGGCGGCUCUGACGAAAAGUGAGUCAGUCCCAGAUAAGGCUAAAGAAGAAAUUUCGUCGGCAAACGUAUCCCCACCGGAGACGAAAGCUAAAAUUAAGGAACCAGAGGCCGCUCUGACGAAAAGUGAGUCAACCCCAGAUAAGGCUAAAGAAGAAAUUUCGUCGGCAAACGUAUCCCCACCGGAGACGAAAGCUGAAAUUAAGGAACCAGCGGCGGCUCUUCCGAAAGACGAUUCAACCCCAGAGAAGGGUAAAGAAGAUAUUUCGCCGGGAAAUGUAGCUCCGCCAGAGUCGAAGGCGGAAAUUAAGGAACCAGAGGCGGCAGCUCUUCCGAAAGAUGAGGGAAAAUCUGCAGCACUUCAAAAACAGGGCUCAGCGAAGGCCACCAAGGAGGAAGCUCCGACGCCGGCGCCGUUGGUGGCCUCACAGCCUCCGGCGGAUAGAAAUUACCGCAAAGAAGAGACAACGCUGGAUCAGAACAUUAGUAGCCAAGAAAAGAGUAAAGAAAUUGAAAAUCAAAACCCAGAAAAGGGGAAGGAAUCUAAAACAGAGGAGGUGAGAAAGAAUGAAGAAACAGCCGAGAUCGGCACCGGAACUCCAUCUCCAAGAGCGACCAAAGUAGGGAAACCUGCCGGCGGCUUCACGAUUCGAAGGUUGCCGUUACGGGUGACGGUGAGUCUGUCGGCGACGGUUGUGAUUGCGGUGGCGGCAUAUUUUACGUAUGCUUAUUACGGAUUUUCGUUCGCGAUGGAAUGAGGCCGAAAUUCGCAAUGGUUUCUCUUGUUUAUACCAUUAGAAAUAAUAAAUAACGCCUUUAAUAAUUUUCUAA